UUUUUUUAACUGUCCACCUAUAUCUAAGCGUCCACUGGGAUCCACCCCCUAGGGCCAAAUGCGCAAGCGCUCUUCCUCUCUAGUAGGGGUCGGUAUUUCGGUACGCAUGCCUGAGCGGCAGCGGGAACCUACGGAAUUUACCGCCGGAAAUUCUGAAGCCUUUACUACAGAGAGCGGGCACGGCUACCUAGCUAGAGAGGCUCACUUCCGCCCCGUUACGGGAUGGGGGCGGCCAUCUUAGAGUGAAGAAUGACCCCAGCACCCACUGUUCUACGGAUCCCAGGACUUCCCUCCUUAGAGUAGGAGGAGAGAAUGAGAAGUCAUUUCACACUUUCCUUCCUGCACCUCCAAGACAGUUGGUGAUCGUCCCCUGAGAAGCUGUUCCUCCACCUGAGUUCGAUUCACUCUGAUUGCCGCUCAAUGCGCCUGUGGUCAAGUCUUUCCCAUUCUAAGCCAUAUUCUCUGGGAAAAUACUGGACUGUCCUAAACCUACCCUGCUAGGAGAAGGCUUGAAAGUAAGGAGCAGAAGAAACUCUUAAAUUCUGGAAAUAGCGACUCAGUAUCAUGGCCAGCCGCAUUAAUGAAGAUCCAGAAGGAAGUCGAAUCACUUAUGUGAAAGGAGAUCUUUUCGCAUGCCCCAAAACAGACUCUCUAGCCCAUUGUAUCAGUGAGGAUUGUCGAAUGGGUGCUGGAAUAGCUGUUCUCUUCAAGAAGAGAUUUGGAGGGGUGCAGGAACUGUUAAGUCAACAAAAGAAGUCUGGAGAAGUGGCUGUUCUGAAGAGAGAUGGGCGAUAUAUAUAUUACUUGAUUACAAAGAAACGGGCUUCACACAAGCCAACGUAUGAGAAUCUACGGAAGAGUUUAGAGGCCAUGAAGUCCCAUUGUUUGAAGAAUGGCGUCACUGACCUCUCCAUGCCCAGGAUUGGAUGCGGUCUGGAUCGUCUGCAGUGGGAAAAUGUAUCUGCAAUUCUUGAAGAGGUGUUUGAGUCAACAGACAUCAAGAUUACCGUGUACACACUCUGAACAGAUGAAGAUCUUGGGUGAGCCCAAGGCCAUCUACGAAGCUGGAGCCCCAAGCAGCUGUACCACCUCAGAAUGGGCAGAGGACAGUGUGUGUGAGGGCGUCUCUGUCACAGGCCAGCUGUGGUUUUCUGUACUCCAAGAUGAUAGGGAGGGCACUGUACCCAGGCAGGAGGGUGAGGUUUGUCACUAGCCAGGAAAGCAGGUAGGGAAGCUUAGUUUUAGGGCCUGCUUUGCUUAGCCACUACUGCAUUUGUUUGUCUGGCCACUGGGUGGCAGCGUUGGUUCUAAUUCUCUUUCUUUUGAAGAGAAAUUGUGGGAAGGGUAAACUUUCAAGAUUCUUUGACAUCUUUGUGUUUGUGCAUUUGGUGUUAGUCAUCAGAAAUCAUUACAGGAGAGGGUUAUGGUCAUGAUGUCACAGUGUUUCAAGAGUGCAACAAUAAACUUUUCCCUUGGGUUCA